AUGAAUUGCACUUAUCAUUUUCAAAAUCCGAUCACUAUGAUAUGUAAAGCUCCUCACAUUUGUUAAUUUUAAAGAAAACUUUGUGCUGAAUGUCAUGAUGAUCAUGAAGUGGAUGGUAAUCAUAAAAUUUCUCUGAAAAAAUUUUAAGAAAUGGCUCUAAAGAAAUUAAAAGACUCCAAGCUUAAUGAUACAUCUGAGUUAACCAAAUAGAGAGUGGCCUUUAAAGCCUUGCUCACUCAAACUGAAUAAAUGAUGAAGAAAAUUUGGGAUGAGUUGUCACAAUCAAUCAAAUAAGUUUACGAUUGGAUUGAAAUGUAUAACUAAUCAUACUUAAACCUCAUCAACGAAAAUACUAAUCUAGCUGGAUCCUCUUACACUGAUAUAGAAAAAUUAGUCAACAUUGUAGAAGGAUCGAUUUUAAAUGAUUGGAAUGCUUCGAAGAAUUCUUAUAUUAAGGAGUUAGAUAAGACUAAGAGCUGGUGGGACCAACAUAUAAAGGCUUUUAUUGAGAAGUCUAACUAAGGAAUCCAAUAGAUCCAAUCAUUAAUUAAGUAAGUAUUAUAAAUAUUAUCUCUAGGGGAGAUGAAGAAGAAGUUUAUUAAAUGAAGGAAGAUCUUUAUGAGAUGCUAACCUAUAUCCAGGAUAUAGAUGAAUCUCUCUAUUAGAAGAUUCUUGAUAUACUUAGAAAAGAGAAAGUUUCAGACAUUAUUGGAUUCCUGUCAAAGACAAACAAUAAUCAGUUUUAUGAAUCUUUAAACAACAAGUAAGAGAAUAUAAAGGAGAUCAAGAAGUAAGUAAAGAAAAUAACUAAUGUGUUGAGGAAUAUUUAGGAUCAUAAAUUUAGUAGGGAUGAUUAUUCUUUAGAGACUUAUGAAAAUGCAAGAUAAGAUCUAAUAAAGAGGUUGAAGGAUAACAAAGGGAGCAUAAUUUUUAUGAAGUUUUUAGUUCUUCUCACAAGUAUUGACGGUAUAUUUAUUCAAUGUGGAUCGAAUGCAUUAAACUUAUUAGUAGGCAUGAAGGUAGAUAUUAGGAAUGAAUCAUUUGAGAAUAUCAAAAUAAAGAAUACUUCUUUGAUUGGAGGAAAUUUUCUAAGGUGUAAUUUGAGUGGAUCUGAGUUUGAAAAUGUAGAUAUAAGCGGAUUGAAUUUGAAUGGUGCUUAGAUGUUCAAUUGUAAAUGGAAGAACAUAAAAGUCCAUGAAUUGAAUAGGUUAGAUGGUCAUGAUGGACCUGUUUCAUCAAUUUGUUUCUCUCCUGAUGGAAAAACUUUAGCAUCUGCAGGUGGUAGUAUUUUUGGAGGUGGUGAUUGUACUAUCCGUCUUUGGGAUGUCAAAACAGGAUAAUAAAAAGCCAAAUUAGAUGGUCAUACUAGUACUGUCGUAUCAGUCUGUUUCUCUCCUGAUGGAAAUACAUUAGCUUCUGGUAGUAAUGAUAAGUCUAUCCGUCUAUGGGAUGUCAAAACAGGAUAAUAAAAAGCCAAAUUAGAUGGUCAUAGUAAAUGGGUCUCAUCAGUCUAUUUCUCUCCUGAUGGUAAUACAUUAGCUUCAUCUAGUGAAGAUAAGUCUAUCCGUCUGUGGGAUGUGUAAAAUGGAAAAGAAAUUUAAUCUGCUGAUAAAAAAUUUAAAGAUAUUCUUGCUAAAUUCAAAGCACCACUAUUUUCAAAUAAUCCUCUGCCAGGUAUUUCAUUAUUUAUUACCUUUUAGAAUCCAACAAUAUUACAAUUCUAAGAAUAUCUUAAACACCACUAUUCCAAGCGCAAGGAGCAUUAAUCUUGAAAGGAGAAUUUAUCAAUCAUGAGGGAUACGAUCUAAGAUCAUUAUUCAAAUCCUUAGGAAGUUGCUUUUUGGAAGACCUCAAGUAAAAGUGA